AUGAUAAUUUAUCGGGUUACCGACGAGUUUUCCAAUACCCACUUCGAUGAAGAAGGGAUUUUCGCUGGAAACCCAGAUAUUGAUGUGUCUCUUUUCCCGAAAGGCGACAGACAGAGGAAGAGAACAGUAUACUGGAUUAAAAAACAUCUUGACUGGUACAGCCGUGUGGCAACCCCUUUCAUCUCCGCAUACACCGAUUAUGAUGUUGCAUGGAAGGAAGCAGAGAGGCGUGUAUAUGCCGGCCAUGGCGAUGUGGUCAUUUGGACAAUUAAGAUGAUUCAUGAGUAUGGCAUCGAGUGUAGGGACAUGGAUCGGUUGAAGAACGUGCUCGGCUUUUGGAUUCCCGAUAAAGCAUUCCACAAUGCGCGAUCCGAGUAUUUGGUUCUGCAUCAUAUUCCGAGCGAGGCGAUUCUUUUUGGGACAAGUCUUUCCAAGAGAAAUGGCUCCAUGAAAGAAAGGAUUAUUGAGUAUUGA